AUGAGACGACAAAUGCAGGAGAUUCUUCCAGGGUUGUUUCUUGGUCCUUAUUCUUGUUCAAAAGAUCUUGAGCUAUUACAACAAAAUGCUAUAACACAUAUUGUAUCAAUUCGCGAUUCAUCAGAAAAAAAGAUAUUACGUCCAAGAUUUCCUGAACAUUUUCAGUAUUUUGAAAUUGAAGUAUCAGAUUCUCCAAAUGAGAGAUUGAUUCCCCAUUUUCCACAAGCAAAAGCAUUCAUUGAUAAUGCACUUUAUAACGGAGGUAGAGUCUUUGUUCACUGUAAUGGUGGAAUCUCUAGAAGUCCCGCUUUCGUGGUCGCAUAUGUUAUGGAAACUGUAAAGAUGGACUAUCAACAAGCUUAUAGUUAUGUUCAAAACAGAAGAUUUUGUAUGAACCCAAAUGAAGGCUUCAAAGUCCAAUUAAAGGAAUAUGAACCUAUAUAUUCUGCAAGGGAUUCAAUUAAUGGACACCAAUACACGCCAGGAGAAAUGGAAAGACAAGCCGUACGAAGACCUGCACCUGAUGAUGAUGAUCCGUUUUGUAGAUCUUUUUUUAUAUUUGAAUAA